GGGUACGUGACGUAAGGCGGAAGUGUUUGUCAUACACCUGACGAGGAAGCAGACAAAUCUUCUGAAGAAAAGUGUGUGUGAUGGCGCUCCAUUGGUUGUAGCAUCUGUGCGGCGUCAGGAUGCAGCUCCUGGUUGCCAAGCUGCUUGGCCUGCUGGGACUGUUCGGCCUCAUGCUGGCUGGAGUGCUGGUCCCAGUGCGGCUUCUGCUGGUUGACUACGACAAGGCGCACAGGUACAGGAGGGCACUGUCACUGUGCAACUCGUUUGGAGGAGGUGUGUUCCUCGCAACAUGCUUCAACGCCCUGCUGCCCGCCGUCAGAGACAAGGUGGGCGACGUGUUCAAGAAGCUGCAGAUCAACAGUGAUUAUCCACUGGCUGAGACGAUGAUGAUGCUUGGCUUCUUCCUCACCGUCUUCGUGGAGCAGGCCAUCCUCACGUUCAGGAAGGAGAAGCCAUCCUUCAUUGACUUGGAGACCUUCAAUGCUGGUGGCUCCGAGGCCGGUAGUGAUUCUGAGUACGACACUCCCUUCAUCUCUGCAACACGGGGUUCACCAGGCGGCGGCGGCGGGCGGCGCUCCCAUGGACACCAACACGGACACUUUAGCCCGGCCGAGCUGGCGGGGGCAGGGCCUCUGCGACUGGCCAGCCUGGUCCUGGCUCUGUCAGCACACUCUGUGUUUGAGGGGUUGGCGCUCGGCCUGCAGGAGGACAUUGCAAAGCUGGGAAGCCUCUUCCUGGGCGUGGCUGUGCACGAGACCCUAGCUGCCAUUGCCCUCGGCGUGAGUGUGGCAAAAGCUUCGCUCGGCAUGAAGCAUGCCGCCAAGCUGGGCGUCACAGUCAGCCUGAUGAUCCCGCUGGGCAUCGUGGUGGGGAUGGGCAUUGAGUCAACUCAGACGCUGGCAGGCAGCAUUGUGUCGGUGGUGCUGCAGGGGCUCGCUGCUGGAACCUUCCUGUUCGUCACGUUCUUUGAGAUCCUGUCCCAAGAGCUGGAUGACAAACAGGACCGCUUGCUCAAAGUGCUCUUCCUCGUCCUCGGCUACGCAGUGCUCGCCGCACUCGUCUUCAUCAAGUGGUGACAGAGAGGAAGUGGACAGCGAUACCAACUUAGCUUUUACUUUCAAGUGCGACUGUAUAAAGUACUUAACAAUAGUAAGUGUGUUAUCGACAAUGGAUGGCUGUUGGCACACUGUGGACUCCUGUGGACAAGAUCAGCAGCAAAAUGUAUUUUAGUCACUCAAAAGAACCCAUAUCAGCUUGUGUACACUAUAUUUAUAAUGUUUUCACCUUUUUUUAUUUACCUGGCCUUAUCUUAACAUGUGAACUAACGUGUUCAAACACCAAAGUUGCAUGAUAACACAAACAGACGAGGCAAUCGAGGCAGUAAUAGAUCACCAAUUCCGGGUUAUGUGAGGUAAAAUCGUUAUUUUUAUCCAUGGAGUCUGGUGACUUUGAAGAGAUUCAAAUCACUGCUUCAUUUCCCCGUUGGAAAGUGCUGUCUGAUAGCAAUAACUCAGUGAAGAUAUUCUAAAUAUAGUGUACCCUUAAAGUAAUACAGAUUUUUUUUUUUGGGGGUUGCUAAAAUACAUUUAGCUGCAGUUCAUUGCUUAGCUCCAUGCAUGCCCUCCUGUCUGCGUUAAAGAAACCAAACGAUCCCUUUGAUGAAGGAUGCCUGAGUGGAGCUGGGGGAGACAGGGGCAGCUGAAUGAACUAACAGUUUCAGUUUCAGCAUCACAAACUCUCGAUUGUCCUCUGAAGGAAACCUCAACUGUGACUGUAGAGUUUUUAAUAUUGCAGAGUAAGGUAACCCCCUAUGAAGCCCCUUGACAAUAGAAGUGUUUAUUAAUGUGUUAGUUACAGCUGUACGUUCUCCUGUUGACUGCCAGCAAAUAAUGAACGACAACACAGCUGGAAUCAUUUAAAACACACUGGAUGUUUCCUCUUUAUAGUUGUUAUAAGCCAUUUAUGAAGUAUUUGUAUGCCGUUUAGAAAUGUAGAUCAGGACUUUCUUAACAUAUUUUUAUAAACCUUUCAGUUCAGUAAACUACAGUGAGCUCAGGUCCAGACUGUUGGACCCUCAUUAGAGAUUCGGCAGGAUGGAGCUACAGCUACGUCCACAGAUAUAAAACAGUGUCUGCAUUCCUCCUGCUGCUUCUCACCACACAGUGAAGGGAUUUAGUCAAAUUGGCGACGCUCAGCUUCCCCACCAUUUUGUUUAGUGUCUGUAUGUAGUGGAGUGAAGUCAUAAACCGUUUCACCUCUCAACUGGCUGUCAUUCACACUACGUCACAGGAUAUUUAUACAAGGCAGAACUUACCAAAGUUUAAUCCUGCUUUUUCUCUAAUUUGUGGUAGCAUAAUCAAAAAAAAAGUUUUGAUUAUUAUGGUGUGGUCAGUGAGAAAGAGAUAGAAUGUCAGAUAAAAAAAAUAAAUAUUUUUUGCAAGGUAUAGACUUUACUUUUAAGAUAAUUUUUCUUUACUUUAGUGAAUCUUAUUUUGAUAUCAAAGAUGUUUUAUUUGAUUAUAAUGCCAAAGACCUGAUACUGUAUCAGUCAAUUUGUUUCCACAGAAAUUUAAACAUGAGUCAAAAACAGUUUUCUUUUCUACCUGCCAAUCAGAGGUACACAAGCAGAUCAACAGAGGCAGCGCUAGUGAGAUUUUUAUCCAGUAACAUGUUGUCAGUGUGACAAAGAAGAACUCUGGAAGCAACAAAUGGCAGCGUCUUUGUUUGUUGAGCAAAUUAAAAGUAAAUGGUAAAAUAUUCAGACUGAUAAUACGACAGCAAACAUCAGCUCUUCUGUUCAGCCUCCAGUCUGACACAGUGUUUACCAAAAAACUCAAAAAUUAUGUGCACUCUCCACCUCUGGUGCUCUUGAAAGGAAACAUUUUAAGUAACUUGUGAAAAUCUGUGUUUUAGGAAAGGUGCAAGGAGCUCAAGCUUUUUGUCCCGAUAAACACUGUUUUGCUUCCCCAAAUCUCUACAGCAAAUUAGCACAAUCCAUAGAGACACAAUAAAAACUCGAGCUGCAACGAUUAAUUCAGAAGUUGUAAACUAUUUCUUAUAACUGUUUAGUAGUAUUGAGCAAGUUUUAAGGAAAAAAAAGUAAUUUCUCUAAUUUCAACUUCCUAAAAGUGAAUAUUCUGUAGUUUCUUUACUCGUCCAUGACAGUAGAUAAAACAAGACAUUUGUCAGCUUGUGCUUUGGGAAAUACGGGUCAGCAUUUUUCUGACUUUUACAGAAGUACAACCAAACUAACCAACUUUAAAAAAUGAUCAGCUGAUUAAUUGACACUGAAAACAUUUGAUAAUAUAAAAACGCUGUUCAACAGACUCAACCAACAAGAAGGAAAAUGCAGUUUUAACAUAAACAACUUGCACACACUCAAAGAAGGUACCCAAAAAACAAAACAAGUCGGAUCUUUUGUUUCCAAUAAAUUAAUUAUUCAGGUUCCCUUUAUUUCCACACUUUGGGAAUAGAUUGAUAUGUGGGGACAGAUCCUGGUUCGAUUCAUUAAACCAAAGAAUAUUUUACUCUCUGACACGUUAAACACAAAACAACAAACAUGCAGCAUGACGAUCAGUCCUUAAUUUAAAUAUUUAUGGACUAGCUGUUGUAUUAAACUUUUGAAAAAUUGGAAUAACAGUAUGAUUGAUUUGAUUAGCAGUCUCAGAUUUGAUAGAAUGCGGUUGAAAACCCAAAGAGCUGUAAACCAAAAGUAAAGUUUCAGUCUGUGAAUAUUGAUGAUGUACUCCCAAAUCUUUCUCCACCAUCAUGGAGGAUCUUCCAGUUACCUGAAAGCACCUCAAUGAGACAAGGAGAGAGGAAACCCAGGUGUAUCCUGUGCUGAAGUGAUUUUUAUCAUGUUAUGUCUAUCCUGCUGUUCAGUUGCUCUUUAGUCAGUCCUCUGCUGUUUUUCUGAACCUGUUGACCUCCACACAAACACUGAAGCUCCCUGUGCUUCUACUGUUAUUUAUUCUUAAUUGUUUAUUCUUGUCAUGAUGCUGAUCAGUUUUAUAUUUAUGAUGGUUUGUGUCACAUCACCUAGUUGUGAUAUUCCAGGUUUUCAGGCGUGAUUUUUAGUUUCAAUUAAACAAAUUAUUAUCAGA